CCCUCCCAUCACUGCCAUAAUCGCGCAUCAGUUUCCGAGCGCAUCUCAUACUGUGGUCUCAUAAUGCCUAUUCCGUGGUAUGAAAUUAACACAGCCGCUCAGAGCAAUGUAACAUAACGAGACCACAUAUUUUGCUCACAAAACGCGUUUGUUAAACGUUGCAUUUUUUUGCACUGAGGACGACGAAUGUUUAUUAUAGCGAUAUGACAAAUCGCGGCUGUCGACAGAAUUCGUCAGCCCAUGGUUUCCAUCAAAAUGCCCAAAUAACCAGUUGAGUUUGGACCUUAGAAUCUUCAUGAAAGACGAGCGAUUGGAAAGGUGGCCAUGGACGCCUUCAGCCAGAUCAUCCUGCUCAUCGCAGUGGUCAGUUUCAUUACCUUCCAGUGGUUGUUUCACAGCGUGAGCCCCUGGGUCUCGUCCAGGGUCAGCCAGGGCUUUCUGCGCCUCAACCCCAAGCAGAAGAUCGAGUGGAACUCCAGGACAGUGUCCACAUUUCAUGCCCUGGUGGUUGGCCUCUUCUGCCUCUACAUCCUGCUAUUUGAUGACGCCGUCAAUCAAGACCCUGUGUGGGGAGAUCCGACGCUGGUCAAGAUAAACGUGGGCAUUACCACUGGCUACCUCAUAUCUGAUCUGCUGCUCAUAUUUUACUAUUGGAGGGCGAUAGGGGACAAGUUUUUUGUAAUUCACCACCUGGCAGCAUUGUAUGCUUACUACUAUGUACUGGGCCAAGGAAUGUUGCCUUAUUUUGCUAACUUCCGUCUGCUAGCAGAAUUUUCCACCCCAUGUGUUAACCAGCGCUGGUUCUUUGAAGUGUUAGGUUACCCCAAAUCCUCAAGGCCCAACAUCGCCAAUGGCAUGCUGAUGGCAGCCAUCUUCUUCCUGGUGCGGAUCGCCGUCAUGCCCGUCUACUACACCCGCAUGUACGCGGUCUACGGCACCGAGGCCUUCUACCGCGUUCCGCUGGGCGGCCGUGGAGCCUGGAUCUUCUCCAGCUUCUGCCUGGACGUCAUGAACAUCAUGUGGAUGCACAAGAUUGCGCGCGGCUGUUACAGGGUGAUGCGUUCUCGCCACAGGCCUAAGGCGCCGCUCCAGGAGAACGGCAAGGCCGACUGAAGAUGUUGAAACUUAGCUUUUUAAAUAUGUCCCCUCUGUUCUUUUUGGAUGGAAGGACUGAGAAGAGAUUCUGUACUCCUCAAUGCACAACAUGGUUUUUUUGGGCAGGGAGGGUUCUCUUCUGGUCUGGCCUCAUUGGCAUGAACUCUUUUUGCUGCGUGUCGGGUUGGAUACUGCAUUCUGGCACUGACAUGUGAAGGCUCUCAACCUCAGAGAGUCCCCUUUCAAACAAAUUCUCAGCCCCCUGUCAGCAAUACUCUCAGUGCAUGGCCAAGUCCUUUUGUUUUGAUGUUGUUGUUUUUCUUUUAGUGCAUUUCGAAAUGGCUCGUGACGACCUUGACCUUGAUCUUUUCCGUUUCCUGAUGACUCGCACUAAAAGGCCACACAGCAUUAAACAUUACCCUCUAGAGCCUCCUAUGACAACGGAGUGUUGUUUACUUUAUAAAUGAAGUUGUGUGUGCAUCUGUAUCUACUUUUUUGUAUUCAUGUUAUGGUUGCCUAAAAAUUAUUGGAACAUAAGAGGGAAUUGAUUCUCAGACUAUUUUUUAAUGUCCCCGAACAAUGUUUUUUCCUGCAUAUUUCCCCAUCCCAGUAUAUGAUGAUAGAAAAGAAGUUAGGAAACCAAUACCAGGUCUCUGAGAAAAGCUAAACCCAGGGGAAUGCAACACCUCAGAGAACGCUGGUCGCUUUGAUAUUUUUGUUGGGGUUACUUCGGAAGACUCAGAAAAGGUCUACCCAGCUGUCUAUGGCUCAGCUGGGCCACAAACUUUCAGGAAAUCAUUCAUCAGCCACCAAGGGUAUGAUUUCCCAGAGCCGAGAGAGAAGGUUGAAUUCUAGUCUCGCUAGUUUCUCUGAUUUCGUCUUUUUGUUUGUUUCGUUUGGUUGGAAAGUGCACUUUGCAGGUACUUAAAGAGGAUAUGCCAUAUUGCUCACCAAGUAAUUUAGGAUGUAAAAGUAAAGGAUUGUAAGGUCUAUAGAGGAAUACAUUCCUUGAAUGGUUCACUCCCCCAAGAGAUUUGGGACCCGUCUUGAAACAAGAUACCAUACCCUGUAUACGGAAUCUGAUAUGUCACAAUGGUGCAAAAUCAGUAAUGCUUUCUCUGUACAGUCAGUAGUUGCAUGCUGUAAUGUUGUCCCUUGAAUUGCAUUCUUGACAAGAGGUUCAGUGACAUUGGUCGGAAGUGGAGAAGCUAGGUGUUUAAAAGUCAACUUUAUGUCCUAUAAAUGUAUUCCAAACAGUAAGUUUUGAGCUUGAAUUCUUGAAAAAAUAACUUGGUGGAAGGUUAAAAGGGAUGUAUAGACUAAUGAAAAAAACUAUAAAGACUAAACAGAAAAUUAGUCUUUGGUGAAUGUGCCCUUUGGGCUACUGUGAGAGCCUUUGGUUCAUGUUUUAAUGAUCAGUGUGAAGAAUUAUGUCUGCAUCAUACACAUAAUUAAUUUAAACCAGUUACACACUGGAGUCGCAUGUCAAUUACAUACCUACAUAUUUAUUAUUUUAAAAGGAAAUGAUAUAUGGAUUAUAAAGGUGUUUGUGAUGUAUCUGUAGAUAUAUAUUUAAGGGAAGAGUUCACAAUACCAUUAUAUUCCUUAUGAUCAGUUGAGAAUGUGUCCGUUGGGAACAUUUUAGUGUAGAGUACAUAUUCUAUAUGCACACAAUGACAAACAGGUGAGGGUGUCCACUACUGUUUGAAACUUGUAUUUUACAAAAUGAAGAGUAUUUAAUAACAAUGAAAAAUAAAUAUUGGGAGGCUUUUUUUGUUUUUCAAUGGAACAAUCCAGCGAAACUGUACUUGAAUUAAUACACACACCUUUCACCCCUGUUAAUUGUGUUUUAAUUACGUCUGCACAACUUCAAUCAGCAUUUAUGCCUCCAUGAUUUUCAAAUUAUUUUUUUCUGGUUGCCUUAUUUUCAAACAUUAUUUUUAUACAGCACAUUACUAUUUUGUUACAGUUUGUUCAGUGUUCAUGUGUGCAAGUAGCUUCCACUGUCUUUUGGAUGAUUUCUAUGCCUCUGUUGAUUUGUCCUAACAAAAUGUGAUGAUAUACAGGUCAGGGAAAUUAUAAGAGGAAGUUAUACAGGAGAGAUGUUUAACAAUUUAUUUACCAGCCCUACCAGCAUAGCCUAUGUCUUAGCAUGAUUUAACCAAACGGUUGUUUGUUUUUAUGUGAAACAUUCAGACUCUGAAAAACAAGCCAAACUGUUUAAUAAGGAAACACGUUGAUGUAAAUGAACAUUUUGUCAUACACAUUGCAUGCUCAGCAGCAUUGCCAGAUAUUAGUUUGCUUGCAUACUGUACAGGGACUUGAGCACUGUAAAUCAUGCCAAAUAGAUUUUAGUAAUAUGAUUAUAUAUAUCUAGAUGCAAUGAACUAUACAUAUGUGUAGUUUCCAAUGUAGUAAAAAACAAGGGCAUGUCCAUACCUCGGCAGUGCUUUCAUCUUAAUUUUAUGACAUUUAGAUUUGCAGUGUUUGUAGGAUAGUUGGAAUUUUCAUAAUCCAAGGAAGUUCUUUUCUUUUUUUGUUUAAAGUGGAUUAAGUGUAAUUGUGUGGGAAUGCAUGAAUGAGUAAUCUCAGCCAAUAUAUUGCAUCGGGUGGAUCUAGACACUUGACCUAUAACUUGUCCAGAAAAUGUGACACAAUAUUCUUCUUACACGCAUCAUCAAAUUUAUGUUCUUUCACUGAAAAACAUGCAAAGUAGUAAAAGUGCAUUUGAAGGGGAGAUGUCACUCUAUAUUUUUUUUCAUUUUAUUCGGUGGCUUAUAGGGUUAGUUUCAUUGAGCCUUUGAGUACAGAGUUUUUUUUAUUAUUUGAAAUAAUGCUAUGUUUUCUUUAAGUCUUUGUUGACCAUGGGUAACUCCUUGUGAUGUGAUCUCUAGGAUGUUUACACCCAUUAACCAAAGUGUCGAGGCCUCAGCGGUCUCAUGCUCCUGGGGUAAGGACCGUUUACUUGAUGGAAGGCCAGCACAGUCAUUUGUGAGCAUUGGUUCUAUUUAUUAGUUGAACUUCUUGUUUUUUGUUGUUUCGUCUUAAUUAUAAAACCGACCUUGUAAAGCCAUCUGCCUCAAUAAAGCAAUACAUUCAUGAUCAA